AUGUCAGUGGACCCUUCCCAGUCGCUGAAUCCCGGUUUUUCCAUCAACGAGCUGCUCCUAAAAUCGCAAGAUCUCAAUUCAAACCUCAAAUUUGUGACCUCCGAAGCCUCCGAAAAUGACGACGAAAACUCCACUUCCAACCCAAAAUCUCUUCAAAAUUCAUCUGAAACCUCAACAACAGCUUCGUCCUUAUCAUCCCUCGCACCGCCAGUCCUAAGCCUUCCAUUUGGCUCUUUCUGUAUUCCAAAUUCCACAGCGUCCAGUACAGUGAACUCCACGACGUCCGGGACGCCAAGUCCGAACAGUAUGAACUUCGAGCAGUGCGCAAAAUUUAUGCUAGCUGCAGCCGCACAAUCAAUGCCUCCGCCCGCAUUCAUGGGGAAUUUUCGAAUGCCCGAGGCAAUGGAAACAACAAGUAUGGAGAGCAUCAUGAAAAACGGGUUCAUGACAACGCCCGGAAUGAGCUGCGAAGGCAUGAUGAUGGGGAGUACGUCGAAAUCUCCUUGUUUUUUCGAUUUCCAUUAGUCAUCAAAAACAUACACAUAUAUUUAUAAUAAUUUUACAAUAAAUUUUCAGUGAAUCCAUGGGAAAUGCUGCAUGCUCAAGCCCUCCGGCUCUAUGCCUCCAACUUCAUUCAGCAAAACAAAUCCUACCGCAGACGGAAGGCGCGCACAGUGUUCUCCGACGCCCAAUUACAAGGUCUGGAGAAUCGGUUCGAGUUGCAGAGGUAUUUAUCGACUCCCGAAAGAAUCGAGCUGGCGGCUUCGUUGCAGCUGAGCGAAACACAGGUCAGAGAGUUUACAAUUGAAGGGCAAUUUGGAGGGCGGAAAAAGAAGUAUAACUAGGGCACUAGAUCUAAGUUAUAGUAGGAUAAGUGCGAUGAAAUAACCGGGAAAUUGCUAGAGGCACAACGCUCGAAUUUUCUUUAAGAGCCAGAGGUCAAAAAAUUGCAUUUUGAAAAGAAAAAUCACUUCAAGAAAUCGGAUUCUUUUUAUUAAGGCCAACUUUUUGUUUUCUUAAAAUUAUGACCUAAAUAUCUCGACAGUCUGCCGGGAAAAUAAUGAGCACAAUGCCACUGCGCCGACUGAUAUAGGAUCCAUUCAAUCCUUGCAAUAACCCUGCACAUUUUCAGGUCAAGACCUGGUUCCAAAACCGCCGAAUGAAGGACAAGAAAUGUCCGUCCGGCAAAUCCGGGGAUUCCACCAUGGACGAAGGCCGCGACACUCCAGACGAUGACUAA